AUGGAGAGAGCACGCAUUCGACGACGUCGCCAGCAGUUCCAAGCGCAGCUUGAAGUCCAGUCUCGAGAGCUGCGCGAUGCACUGGCAGCUCAGCUUUCGGACGGGGCCAAGAAUGCAUCCGUCCACACGCGACUCGUGUUGAAGUUGCAGUAUCAAUUAGGCGAGUUGUGUGCGGAGUACGACGAGUUCGGGCUUGCAAGCAUGUACUUCCAGCAAGUGCUGACCGGCGUCGAAGCUUCUCAUUCAAACGGUGAACAACUGAAUGAGGAGACUGCAGAACUCACCACGCUGCGAACAAAUACGCUCAAUUGGCUUGCUGUGAUGAACUUUCGAUCUGGAAACCAAAGCGAAGCGAUGGAAUUCCUGCUCCAAGCCAAGAAACUCACUCGAGGUGAUGCCUCCCCGACUGAGUUAGCCAGUCCACCGGUGGACAAGUCUUUGACAGCCAACUACGCCAUCUUCUUGCACGCCAAAGGCAACACCGCAGACGCAGAGAGCGCAGCCCAAUUGGUGGUGAACGAGGGAGCGUCCGACUCCAGUGAGGAAUCUGAGGAUGAUACUCGAGCGCGAAGUACUGCCUCCAUGUUGCUAGCGAGUAUCUUCAAAGCUCGAGGUGACUCUGAACGAGCUUUGAAGAAUGCCGAACGGGCAGUCGCCCUGGCUGAUCGUGUGCAAGAUCCUCGACUAAUUUCUCGUGCGCACAACAACCUCGGUAUCUACUGCCUCGAGCAAAGCGACGUGGAGCGAGCGUUCAAUCUCUUCGCAAGCGCGUAUCGAGCUGCUUUGGAAACAAAGGAUUUCCAGCAUCAAGCGAUCGUCAAAUACCACUUAGGUAUCGCUCUGUCAUAUCUCGGUCGAAAUAUGAAUGGGAAGCAGGAGAUCGGCGAGGACGACGAGGAUGAAGAGGUCUUAGCGGAAAUACGACAGAAGCAAGAGCAGGAACAACCGACUGCACCAGAAAACAAUGAGAAGCUCGACGUUGAGCUACCGGCUGAAUGCGCUAACGCUGAAGCUGAACCCGCGUCCGAUGUACCAACCCCUGCAGUCUCAGUGUCACCGCCUACCAAGGGGCCUAAAGAUUUAUUUCUUGAGAGUGAAAACCUAACAGGGGCUUUACCUGAGCCGGACAACCCUCUCCGCGUGUUAGCACAGAGCUGUCGUGGCGAGGAGGAAUAUUACGCGGGUGAGUUCCACACUGCCGAAGCUGAGUUUUCGAUCGCCCUGGGUCAAUUGAAAGAAUUUACGGGGAUCGACCUCGAGGAGAACCAGAGUUCGGAUGUAGCGGUAAAUGAUAAUGUGCCACCAACCGAGAAUGAAGAAGUUGUGAAGGAUGCAGACGCUGAAGAAGAGGAAGAAGAUAUUCCACUACCUCCUAUUGAACCGGAGCUGGCGAAGCUGCAUGGUCUUCUAUUUAGCUACACUGGAUGUACACAACUAGUGGAGGGUAAAUUCGCCCUUGCUGAGCACUCACACAAACGCGACUUAGCGUUGGCGCUACGUCAAGAGGAUCUUUAUGCCCAGCACCGAGCUUUGCGCAACUUGGCCAUUACUUAUAAUGCCACGCAGCGAUAUGUUGAAGCAAUCCCUCUUUGGCGUGAAGCGCUUGAGCUGGCAGUCGUUCUCGACUUCAAAGGAGAGCAACUCAUGGCGUAUUCCGGUCUAGGAUCAGCACUUCGAGAGCUGUUGAUUCUCGAGGGUCCUAGUGCGGCUGCAGUAGCGGGACUUGGAUCCAGGCAGCCACUGCAAGUGUUCUUGAAGCAACGAGCUCUAGCAGAGCAAACAGGUGACCUCCACCAACAGAUUUUGGCUCAAAGACACAUUGUCAGCGUGUAUGAAAGUCCCAUCUCAAAGCCCCAAAGCGACGCUGAGGCUACGGAGGCACUGGAACGCAGACUAUCGGAAUGCGACGUGCUGGUUCGGCUGUGUGAGAAGUACGAUAACUUGCAGUAUCGCGCAGACGCGUAUCGAUCUCUGGCCAAUGCUCUGACGUCGCAACUCGCGCGACUGCGAGCUCGAGCAAAUGGCGAUGGGACUUCCCCACCGCAGUACGGUCUGGCCGAUGCAAUUGCCGUGUUGUCUCAAAAGCGCAAUAGCGUCUGCGCCAGCUACCAAGAAGCCAAUGUUGCACUCUCAACCGCAGCUGCUCUCAUGUUCCAAGACGUCUAUCAAGAAGGCGUGGAUGACGAAGAGAAAGUGCCCAAGCCGAAGCCUGAUGAGCGUCACGCUCGCCCACCUCUAACUAGACUCGAAAUCUUGCAACGCCGAUAA